CAAUAACAAAAAUUCAGACACUGAACAGUUUUUCAGCAGACAACACUUUUGGAGCUGAGUAACUAAUUAUAGUCUCUUUGUUUAUGAGUCUUCAUUGAUUCUCUCUUCAGAAGAAGAGGGGAGCGUAGACUCCUCCUUGUGAACUUUGGAAAGUUUUAUCUGGUUUUUCAUUCCGUAAAGCACCUGCUGCGUUAGACGUUCCCUCCUCAUUGCAGCCAGUGACCUAGCAGGAGUGAAUGCACAAUAUGCUUGACACCUGGAUAUUCCUACUUCUCCUUGUCCCAGGGGGAUGGAUGUUCAUGAUCCAUAACACACAGUAUGGCCUGUGUCUGGAGGAUUCAGCUGACACAGGUCAAGUCCUCAUGAAAAAGUGUAACCUUGACUCACAGGCCCAACAGUGGGUCUGGAUGAAUCACGGCAUGUUGAUGUGUGUUGCAUCAUCCAGAUGUCUGUCAGCUCAACAGAACCAUCCAGUCCAAACCCAGCCUUGCCAAGAUUCAGAUAUGGAUGCUGCAGAAAUGAUGUGGGACUGUACCAGUAACAGACUGAUCAGCAGAAACACAUCCUUAAUGUUGUCAACCAAUGGCCAAGAAGUGAUUCUCACAAAUCAUCUCAAACAUUUUCAGUGGAAAUCUCUUGAUGAGGGGGACAUCUGUAAAACAAGACUCAGACCCAGGAGAGCAUCUGAGGACCAGGACCAGCUUGAGGAUCCAGAACAAUCAGCAGAUGAGGGGAAAGGCAUGACGGAAAAGCAGAGAGACUACUUUCGCUGGUUGUACCGCACCGAGGACUCAACUAUUUGGACAUUUGUUCUAUUGGGACUGGCCUUUGUCUGUUUGCUCAUUGGGUUUUUGCUGCUUGGAAUGGGAACCAUGGCCAACAGGACCAGAAAGAAGAUAGCUAAAUACAAGGAAGCUGCAUCCCUUUUUAAGAAAGAUGAAGGCGAAGAGCUUCAUGUCAUUUCUGAUCCUCGGAAUAACGGCACAUCUUCACUGCCCCAGGAUCACACAUCGUCCAUAUCUGAGGGCGACACAAAUGAAUUUAAGGCAGGAGACAUUGUGGUCACAUGGAAAGAUGGCAACACCUCCUGUCUGUAUUCCGAUCAUGUUGUCGAGGAGAUGCAGGAAGAGAAAGUGGAGAAAGAACAGGAGGAGAAACAGCUGGAGGUGUGGCAGGAAAGAGAGGCUCAGUGUGAAGGGAGCAUGACAAAGUGAAUAAUUCUGGUCUAUUGCACAGCUUUUAAAGAUAAUUUUUUAUUUAGUUUUGUGGAACUGUAAAGCUCUAAUGACUUGAUAGUUUUUUUAAAGGAGUCAUAACCUGGUAUUUUACAUAUACAAUCCUUCUAAAAAUGUUUUUAAAUUAAUGUUUAGGGAUUUUUAGAAGAAAAAUGUUUUAAACAGAGCUCAUCCGGACUCUUUUUCAUACCCCAUUUCUUUCUCACGAGGGUACGCACGAGGAUUUGACUUGCGUGUAUGUGCGUUCGUGUGUCCCCAUGGAGAUCUUACUGGUUAGCAGCGAGAUAUUAGCACUUUAUAUGUUAGCGUUCCUUUGCUCAGGUACACACAAGCACGUGGAGCAGUUUACAAACAUCCACAUAGCAAAGCAAUGAAAUGAGGAGAUUUUAAGCCACAACUGCUAGAAAUGUGUAUCUUACAUGGUGAUGUUGUGUUAGCAAUAUUAGCAGUUAGCCAUGAUUUGUAAAUGGUAAAUGGCUUGUACUUGUAUAGAGCUUUUAACCAGUCUGACGACCUCCAAAGUGCUUUGCGCUACAGUUUAGUCAUUCACACAUUCACAUACACAUUCACACCCUGACGGUGGUGAGCUAUGUUAGUAGCCACAGCUGCCCUGGGGCAGACUGACAGAGGUGAUUACCAUCGUUUCCUGGUCUCCUACACAAUAGGUAAAAAGUUACCCAAGGAACAACACUUACCAACUGCAGAUGAGAUCCUGAUUGUUGGAAUCCCCCUUCCUCCAAACGCAGGCUUGAUGCUAUCUUAACCUGGUAUUGCCCAAAGUUAAUGAAACACGGGUGCAAAAUUAUUUACAGAAAAUUUACAGAGUUGGAGGAAGAGUCAUUAACAACAGCCUUAUCAAAGAUGCUCCCUGCUCCCUGGUAGUUUGGUCCACAGAUGCAGGCAAACUGAAAACAUUUGCAAGCAUAUUUUGGCAAGCAACAACGGAGCAGUUGACAUGAGCGCAAGGUUUGGACAUCUUUACUUUUUACAUAACUCGUUAGUGGCAGCAACGCAAGUAGUGAUUUCAGGUGGUUUUACGAGAGGCAGGCAUGGCUUACGUUACCGUCUUUCCAUUAGUGAUGUAAAUCUAGGAGGAGCACCAAAAUCUUGCUUUGAGGAGAGCACCGUCUCUUGGGUUUUUCUGGUUUGUACAAAGAGCCAACACAAAAAACCAAGUCACUUUCACACUCCUGAUUUAUUGGAAGGUUUUAACUGAGGACCAACGCACCUGUUUCAACAUGAAAAAGUCAGAUUUCCAGGUGAUGACUCCUUUAAACAAACAUGUGACCAGUUGUAAUCUUCUUAUCCUUUGAUGUGUGAGAUAGAUAAACCUUCAAAUCACUUUUCUAUCGCUUAUCUUUCUUUCAUGCGUAAUGCUGAUCCCAUGAACACUAUUGCACCAAAAUUUACCUUCAAACACCUCAGGUGUUAACGUAGCUUCUUAAUGUAGAAAUGAUGGUGCAAUCAUACCACUAAUGUCAUUUGAUGCACAUUUCAAAUAUACCAAGGAUCAUGUUGAAAGAACUUUGCUGCCACGAAGAGGAUGAAGUCAACUAAAUUCUCCCUAAUUUUGCAAAUUUGCAUCCCAUGUACCUAAACUUACAUCUGUUGUAAGUGCUGUAUUGAAAUGAGUUCACAAUUUGCUUGACAGUUAAACCAUGUCAUUAUUUCUAUAUAAUUGUUAUCAAAUUCAGCAAAUAGGGGUUAAUGUCUUCAUUGACGAUAUAGGUCUCAACUGUGAUGCAUCAAUAAAUGAAUUUACCAUGUUGUGUUGAA